CCACAACACACACAGACACAUGGACGGAUCUGUCAGAGCAGCUUCAGACGGAGCAGCUGGGCCGCCGCCGUAUUACAGAGGCAAUGAGAGCUCGCUGGUCUCAGCCCUGAAGACUCUGCUGUUCUUCACCAUCCUGAUGGUCACGCUGCCCAUCGGACUCUACUUCGCCUCCAAGGCGUACAUCUUUGAGGGUUCGAUGAAGAUGUCGAGCUCUGACAGCUACUUCUACGCAGCCAUUGUUGCAGUGCUCGCUGUACAUGUGGUUUUGGCUUUGUUUGUUUAUGUCGCCUGGAACGAAGGCGCGCCUAAAGGGAAGGGCAAAGACGAUUAAAGGCACGUCUUUAUCAGGCUCGUAAGACCGCAGGACGUGGACAGACACGGGCAUGGAACCACAGCUCCCCCACCAUGGGCUCCGGCACUAAACACAACACCGUCUACCAACCAGACUGUUAGGGGAUCUGGUUUGCGCUUAGGCUUUAACUCAAGGUUGAAGCAAGAAACUACUUUAUUAUUCCCUGGCAUGGGGGAGUGCAGGCUGUUGGGUGUGUUUUUUCACCAGCCUCAGCAGGCCCGCUUUUCGACUUUUUCUUCUCUGAAAUUGUUACUUUUGUUUGACAGAGGACAGCCCCUGUUUUUAAGAGGCUUUGUUAUACGCUGCCAUUAGGCUAGAUUCUAUAAGUCCCUUCACAGUAAAGAGUUUGUAAUGUAGGAAAACAUUGUGGGUUUUGGAUGCUGCGUGCAUGUGCACACACACACGCACGCUGUAUGUACUUAUAACGUGUACGUAUGAGGGAACGUUCUCCAUCCAGCCUCUGAAAGUUUCCAUACUGAUUUGUUAAUUGUUCAUUCUGUCCACAAAUCCCAGCUCUUAUCUGGAUACAUUUAAAGAUUACUCCUAACUUCAGUAUAAACCCCAUAAUGUGCUUAACUUUCCUGCUGUGUUAUGGAUCAGAAUCCUUAUGAUGUCUUAUCCUUUCAAGUGUUUGUGUGUGUUUUUCUUUUUUUUUUUGUCUGUAAAGUGUUUGCGAACUGUAGUCCGGUGAUAUUUUGGAACUUUGAAUUAGGAAAUUAUUGCAAGAUCACACUGUAUUUGAAGUGUUUUGUGUUGAAGAUGGUGAUGUGAGGAUGCAGAUGUGAAGUCGCUGUGAUACAGAUGAGGAUGUUGACUUGCUCAAAUAAACUUGAAAAAUUA